GUAUACAAACCAAAGUCUUCAGAGAUCCCAGAGCCGGAGGUUAAGAGUCAUUCAUCUGAACCAGCUCAGCAGCAUCUACAACAUCUAUGAUGAUCUUGCCCUUGCAUUUACUGGUGGCCCUUGUGGUGCUCAGCUACAAGUUAUUCAGCUCUCUGGGCUGUGAUCUGCCUCAGAACCACAACCUGGGUAACAGGAGGGCCUUGGUGUUCCUGGCACAAAUGAGAAGAAUCUCUCCUUUCUCCUGCCUGAAGGACAGACAUGACUUUGGAUUCCCCCAAAAGGAGUUUGAUGGCAGCCAGCUCCAGAAGACUCAAGCCAUUUUUGUCCUCCAUGAGAUGAUCCAGCAGACCUUCAACCUCUUCAGCACAAAGGACUCAUCUGCUGCUUGGGAUGAGACCCUCCUAGAAAAAUUCUACACUGAACUUUACCAGCAGCUGAAUGAUCUGGAAGCCUGUGUGAUGCAGAAGGUAGGGGUGACAGAGACUCCCCUGAUAUAUGAGGACUCCAUUCUGGCUGUGAGGAAAUACUUCCAAAGAUUCACUGUAUAUCUGACAGAGAAGAAACACAGCCCUUGUGCCUGGGAGGUUGUCAGAGCAGAAAUCAUGAGAUCCUUCCUCUUCAUCAAUCAACUUGCAAAAAAGAUUGAGGAGUAAGGAAUGAGACUUGGUGCAACAUGGAAAUGAUUCUUACAGAC